AUGUGGGAAUUUUUCUCGGGAAAAAACGUCCUCAUCACCGGUGGCUCAGGCUUCGUGGGAACGGCGCUUGUCUACCGUCUCGCCUCACAGUCGCCGGUGGCUCACAUCUACCUGUUAUGCCGAGGAGGAUGGGGCCGACUCGAAGAAAAAUGGGGCUUUUCCCUUCCACUGGCAGCUUAUGAUGCACUGCGCAAGGCACCGCAUAUUACUGUCAUCGAGGGCGACAUGCUCAAACCCAACAUGGGCAUGACAGAUGAUGUGGUCAGGAUGCUACAAGAAAGGAUCCACAUUGUGAUUCAUUCAGCGUCCUCCAUUAACCUGGGUCGUCCUCUGGGCUACGUAAUCGACGCCGUCCUCGGGGGAAGUCAGAAUGUGGCCGAAUUCGCACUGGGAUGCGUGAAUCUGCAUCGCUUCGUCUUUGUGUCAACGGCCUACGUGAAUAUCUUUUUAUACAAUCAGAGCGACCUCCCCGAAGUCAAGGUGGAGGAAGAUAUGUAUCCACUCCAAUCCGAGAAGCCCCGCAGUCUUGAGGAUGAACUCCACGAGGUUAUGCAAAUAGGCACGAGCGCCGAAUAUGAGUCCCACGAGUUCGUAUGGGCGUAUGCCUAUGCAAAGCACCUGACAGAACGCAUUCUCGUGGAGCGUUUUGACAAGGCCAGCACGCCAGACAAGAUUCUCAUCGUCCGGCCGUCCAUCAUCACGCCGGCCCAGUUGUUCCCUUGCGUCAACUUCCAGCAUCCGAGAUCCUGCCCGUAUACGAUGAUCGCUGCUUCUAUUCUUGUCCUACCUUUCUCAAAAUUUCAUGUCCAAACAAGGCUCAAGAACCCACAGGAAGAGGCAAACGUCGACGCGGUCCCGGUCGACGUCGUGGUUGACCGACUGCUGGCUCACCUGGCCAAGGGAAGCAAGGGACCCAUCCACGCCGUGAGUGGAAGGGACUGCCGAACCAUAUCGCAGAAGUCCUGGGAUGCAGGCCUGAGACUCCGGCGUAUUCCCUGGGCCAUAAAAAUUCGGUGGAUAAAUUUGGACUGGGAUUAUACAAAUCUUAACAUCGCCGAGCGCGUCUAUGCCCUGUUCGGACUGUCCUUGGACUUUUCCCAGGGGAAAACGGAACAGCUCUGGGAGGAUCUGACAGAGGUUGAGCGGCGAGGUCUGCAACUAUUCAUGGCGGAGAGGGGCAUAUCUGACGUGACUGGAAACGCCGAGGAGAUUCGAGAGGCAGCAAGGGGACUGCUGAAAAAAGGCCAUCGAGCGCGGAUUAUCAAAUGGCUGUUUUACCAGUAGUGCUAUGGUUUCUCUCCUCUCAAAUAUACCAUUAUCAUAUAGUCUCGAUUUGUAUAGAUUCUAGGGAAAUGUGCAUUUGAUAGUAUAGGGUGGAUGGUGGGAUACAAUACUACAAACAUUGAAAGCUGUGCUAGAGUACUGGUAUACCGUCACUAAAACAUAAAUUCAGAAUUGAUAGUUUCAGCGAAACGUCAUCAUGCAAGGGCAU